AUGUUCUGGGCCAUACCCUGCCCCAAAGCUUUCGAAACAUGCAUACACCCUUCCUUUCUGGCUUUUUCUGGAAGUGAGGCUGGCCUGCCAUCCCAAGGGCCCAACACUACCCAGCUGACAAAGAUGGAAUACGCCAUGAAGUCGCUCAGCCUUCUCUACCCUAAGUCCCUCUCCAGGUGCACGGCAGUGAGCACUUCGGUGGUGACCCAGCAGCAGCUGUCGGAGCCCAGUGCAGAGGCCUCCAGGGCCCGGCCCUGCAGAGUAACCACUGCUGACCGGGGAGUGAGGAAGGGCAUCAUGGCGCACAGUCUUGAAGAUCUCCAUGUUAAGGUCCGGGAUACCCUGAUGCUGGCAGACAAGCCUUUCUUUCUGGUGCUGGAGGAAGAUGGCACAACUGUAGAGACAGAAGAGUAUUUCCAAUCCCUGGCAGAUGACACCGUAUUCAUGGUCCUCCACAAGGGGCAGAAAUGGCAGCCCCCAUCAGAACAGAGCACUAGGUACCAGCUUGCCCUCUCCCGCAAGCCUGCCAAGAUCGAUGUGGCCCGAGUAACCUUCGACCUAUACAAGGUGAACCCACAGGACUUCAUUGGCUGCCUGAACAUGAAGGCAACUCUCUAUGGCACAUACUCCCUCUCCUAUGAUCUGCACUGCUCCGGGGCCAAGCGCAUCAUGAAGGAAGCUCUCCGCUGGGCCCUCUUCGGCAUGCGGGCCACAGGCCACAUGCUCCUCGGCACCUCCUGUUACCUGCAGCAGCUCCUGGAUGCCACAGAGCGGGGACAGCCCCCCAAGGGCAAAGCCACAUCCCUCAUCCCAACCAGUCUGAAGAUGCUGCAGUGA